UGUACUAUCAAGUCCAUUGUCCCUCCAGCGGCUGACACGUGCUUGUUGCAAUAGCAGCUGUACCUGCGACUCUUUGCUCUGGCAUUGCAUCAUUUCCUUCGCCGUCACGUCAAAUCCGCUCGUGGCGUAAUACUUUGCCAGCAGAAGACAAGUCACCAAGCCUGCGCCAUGCUUGCUGUCCAAACUUCUCGGAUCCCCUCUCUCAUCUCCACCAGCCGGUAAUCCGAAUCCCUCCCACGCGGUGUCAACCAGCGAGAAUGCCACUUCGUUUGGUGUCUCAAGACGCGGCAUGGAUUCUGAUUGUACGCGAACUGGAAGCGAAUCCCGAAGUUUUCGCGUCAAAUCUUCGGUCCCCUAGCAAUGAUGGCGAGAAAUAAACUUCGGCCCUGACGACAUUCUCCUUAGUCGGUGUCGCUACCAGGAACGCGUCAGCCGAGUCUCCAAGAUUCCCGCGAUGCGACAGCGAGCAUCGUGAUCCGUCGAUAGUAAACGAGGACGAGAAUCCGUGGUUCUGAUACAGGAAAACAGUACUCAGUCGGGCCUGGGAUGGCCAACUUGUGCACUGCUGAACCAGUGACAGGUAGCCCAAGUGAUGGUGUGGAAGACCACGCACCGAUUGGUCUUUGAUGUGGGUCAUGAGAUCAGAGACAUUGCCGCACUCGUCGAUCCUCGCCCUGGUAGGCACAUAGUUGAUGCAAGAUCCUCUGACAAGAGCGAGGUCUUCAAGAGGUAAGUAUCGGUUUGUGCUUACUUCCCCAAAGAUAACAUCCGUGGUUCCUAGCGAAGCAGAGAGUACGAUUGACCAGGCGGCUUUGAGAACUUGCGCAGGAGUAGCACCGAGUUCUGGAUGCUGCAACAGUUCGAUGGGGACAUGGACAGCGGCCAUGCCAUGCAUGUGGUAUGCGAUUCCAGGUGUCCGCGAAGCUAAAGAGACUGGACGGGAUCCAUCUAAGAAACGCUUCCAGUAUUGCACAGCGAUGCUUUUAUCAAGAUCAUCGCUGUGCGCAAUCCAGGAGUGAUGAUGAGGUCCUUGAGACAAUGGCGUCUCAUCAAACGCCGCUACGAGAUCCUUGAAGAUUAGAUGUAGUGAGAAUAUGUCAUAUAGUGCAUGAUGAAUCUCGAAUCGGAGGGCAUGACAAGUCGUUCCGUCACAGCAUAAGUGGAAUCGCGCAAGCGUCUUGCCAUUCAUGUCGAGCGUCUCGUUGAGCACAUCGUCAAGUCCUCCUUGAAGCUCCAUUAUGGAAGGCUGGGACGGAGUUUUGACAAUGACUGUGUACAUACGAGAUUCAUGGUGCACAUAGACUGCCCGUAAGAUUGGAUGGUGCUGAAUCACUCGCUCGCAAGCUUCACGCACUCGAGUCUUGUCUAGGCCGGGGGAGAAGUUGAGAGACCAGCUCAUUUGAUAGCCGUUUGAUCCCAGCUGUCCGGCUGCUAGCAUCAUGCUUUGCACGUCCGUAGCCGGGUACGCUCUCUCGAUAUUAUCGGCUUGCAAUGACGGGUAAUCAGCAGCCAUUUUGUCCAAAGAUGGCUUCAUGCUUUCUGGAAUCUCAGCCAAUGGCUCUUGGAGAUUUCCUAGGUGCAAGGUUGCAGUGGUUCCUUCCUCUUCGCCGGUGCUCCUCUCAGUCCCUGUACUGGGGUUUUGUUUCAACAUGGGCGCGCCGGCCGCCGUUGACGCAAUGGACGAUAGCGAAUCCCCGAUGAUCAAAGCUCCGGCCGUCAAGUUGUAUAGUCCUUCUUUGCGACAUCGAUUGGCCACCUGCAUUGCUUGGAUAGAGUCCCCACCGAGCCGUGUGAACGAGCUCUCACGUCCGAUCUCCCGCUCGGGUACGCCGAGUACUGCUGCCCAUAUAGCUUGAAGCGUUUUCUCGUAAGAUGUACUAGGCGGCGUCAGCCUCUUUGUAGUGGUCGUACUGAUGGCCUCGCUCAUGGCUGCAUGCGCACUCGAUAGAUCCUUUGUCUUCAGCCAUGACUUGAUUUGUUGGCGAUCAAGCUUUGCCGACGAUGUUUUGGGAAGGCUUUGUACGGGGACCCAAAUACUCGGGAUCAUAUACGAUGGGACCUUGUCCGCUAGCUCUUCCCGCACGCUUUUCGUCUGAUCCAUGGCCUUCUCUAAAUCGCCAGUACUAGAUUCAACAACGGUUUCCCCAUUGUCAUCUGACUUUUGGCUCAGAUCAUCGAAAUCGAGCACUGCGAUGAGUUCCGUUCGCCCCGACAUGAUUUUUGUCGUACACAACACAUUGUUAACUUGACUGCACCUCGCGAUAGCUGCUUCAACUUCACCAAGCUCAACGCGCUGCCCGCGGACCUUGACUUGCUCAUCCAGUCGACCAAUGAACGUGAUGCUCCCAUCUGCGUUGUACUUUCCCAGAUCACCAGUUCGAUAAAAUCGUGAUGUACUGGACUCAGGUCGUUGUGGGGCCCAGGAUGGUGGUGAAAUAAAGCCUUGUUUGGAAGACGCCGUGACUUUUGCAUCGAGGUAGCCCCGUGAGACUCCGGGGCCUUCAAUAACCAGCUCCCCCACCGCACCAAUAGGCAGGAGCUCGUUGACCCAAGUCGGGUGAGCGAUCCAUAUCGAUCCACAAAAUGCUUGUCCUAUGCUUUCGUGGUAUACAGAUUCAGGGCCCAACUCUUCCAUGCAGCUCAGGAUAGAAGCCUCGCAGGGCCCCCAGCCAUUGAUAAGGCGCAGCCUAGCACCCCACGUAGACGCUGCAUUAGAAUCUAUGGCCUCUCCAAUGCAAAGCAAGCCCUUUAAGUCGGGCACCUCAUUGGGCGCCAAUGUGCGCAGGACCGUUGGGGUUAGCCACGCCCACUCUACGCUCGAAGAUUGGAUAUACUCGGCGAGUUGGGAACGACGCUGCUCGUCGGAUGGAACGCAAAUGCAGCCCCCUGAUAGUAGUGCACCGUAUUUCUCACCAAUGCUGAUAUCCCAGAUGUACGAGGCGAAUUGAAGAAUUUUGGUUCCUUGCUGCCAGCUGAGACGGUCUGCGAUGUGCAUCACAAUAGUGACUAAUGACCCAUGUUCUAGCAUCACCCCUUUCGGUGUUCCCGAACUCCCACUCGUGAAUAGAAUAUACGCGAGUGUAUUGGAUGCAUCGUGUCCAAAAUCAUUAGAGUUAGGAGAUCUGGGUGGUGUUAUCAUCUGAGUGCUCGACAUCUCUUCAAUAGAUCUAUAAUCCACAACUGCAGUUCCGCUGCAAAGAUCCUCGCAGCUCGCAUGAUAGAUUCUUGACGUCAGCAAGAGUUUUGCUUGAACGCUUGCAAUCUUCUUCGCUUUGCGGUCGUGUGGCUCGCUGGUGUCAAUCGGUAUACAAACAGCCCCAGCCUUCAAUAUCGCAAGAGCUGCGACCGUGGCCCACCGCGAUUUCUCGAAUAUAAUCGCUACGGCAUCUUUGCUGGCCACGCCUAUGUUGUGGAGAUGGUUUGCGACUACGUCGCUUGUAUCGUCCAACUCUCGGUAUGUAAAGGUGCCGUCCCAGGCAUCUAUCGCCAUGGCAUCUGGAUGCAGAGAUACCUUUUCCCGGAACAGCUCUGGGAUUGUUUUAUUUACUCUGGUCCCAACCUCUUUGUUCCAUUCAUGUAUUUCGGUGCUAUCCUCUGAACUCAGCAAAGACAACGAUCCAAUUUUGGCUUCGGGUUCACACUCGAGAAGAGUGCGAAGCGAGUGAGUAAAAGUAGCCAAAACCCUAGUGAGUUGCCGUUCAUCAACGAUGUUCGGAUCAGAAAGAAUCUCAACAUCUAUCUCGUCAGUAGUGGUCUCGCCGACAUUGCAGUUCAGUGAAAGAGCGUAGGCGCUGCUAGGCGGACACAUGAAGUCAUAAGUCAAGCCAGACGUUUCCGAGUCCGCGGCGUGAUAAACAGUCGGUCGAAUAUUCACCACCGUUUGAAACCUGCUCGCAGCCUGUGCAGAGUCACUGGCGAGCGCGAUAUUUGCUAGGCCGAAGUGCAGGGCUGGGUGGCUUUGGACCUCGCGCAGAGCUGCGGCCCGCUCUCGGAUGAGCGCUUCCACGGACGAUGUGCGCGGAAGAUUGACCUGCACUGGUAUUGUUUCGAUCGUCGGGCCCAAGGUAUUGGAUAGACUGGUCAAGCCAUGGGACCUGCCGGACAAGAGGGUGCCGAAAGCGACGCUGGAACUUCCAGUAUAAGCACUUUGCGUAAGCGCCCAGGCCAGUUCAAUGUAUAGAGGCAAGUGCGCAAUUGAUAUUCCCUCUUUUACCCGGAAAUCUCGCAGUGUUGUCUGCUUCCUCAAUCGCGUCACUGGAGCGUAAUUGUCCCCGACCGAAGGGAAGACAGCCGGCGUUCCUUUAAAGCGAGACGCCCAGAAUCUGUUCGAGGCGUCACGAUCCAGCGCGCCGCAAUGCGCUGCGAAAUCCUUGAAAGAAGAUCUUCUCGGGACCGGCUGUCCAGUGUAUACUUGGACAACGUCUUUGUAUAUCAACCCCAGAGAUGUGUGGUCCAUGAUUGCGUGGUGCAUGGUGACAACCCAUUUCCCAUCCACUACAACGGAUCGGAACAACGGUGAGCCCAGCUCCAUCGGCAUCUUCCUAUCUUGGUGCAGGAAAUCGUUCAGCAGGCCUUGAACAUUGGUCGUUUCGUAUGCCUCGUCAAUGACCACCUGCAUGACGCCAAGGUCGUUGCAGUCUACCAGACGAGUGCGCAAGAUUGUAUUGGCGGAGAUGACCUCGCGCACAGCACUCGAUAGCUUGCUCAAAGACACGGAAUCGUCCAAGGACAGAACGAGUUGAAAAACACUGUUUCCGGUGUGAAUCGCCGAUUCUGCCAUUGCUCGGCUUUGUAGAGGUGUACAUGGAUAGACAUCUUCGAUCUGGGUGGACUUGACGCAACAUGUCUCGGCAAUAUUUUGCAAGACUUCCUGCUCGAUGUUCAUUGUGAAAAAAAGCAACUCAAUGUCCCGAUCGAACGUGUGCGGUGGUUUGUCUUUCGGAUACUUUGGUGGGAGAAAGUGAU